AUGGCCACUUUAGCCGAAUUAAACCAUUCGACAGCCUCCCCGCUGCCCAACUUCAACUCGACCCAUGACCUCGAAUUUGACUCGUUCCUCAAUCUCGACCAAACAGCCUUUCCCGCUUCCGAAUCCAUGAAGUCGAAUCCUUCUCUCAUCUCUCAGCCAUCUAUGGCAACACCAGAAACCAGUAUCGCUGAUCUAGGACCGUCUUAUUCCGGCCCUAGUCAUCAAUAUGGAGAUCAUCAGCAACAGACCGGCUUUCCGCCGGAUGCCGUUGCACAUGCCAUGGCCUAUAACGAUAACUCUCUGGGAGCUUUGCGUGCUGGACAUCAAGGUUUCCCUGUGACUGAUGGCAACUACAUGCAUUUGAAACGCGAGGAUUCGACUGUCGACUUUGGCACUGCUCCAUCUCGUAGUCACUCAGAGAUGGAUAUUGAACCUGACAACAAAUCUUUCUUCCUUCCUCACAGCAACAUCGUCAGGAACCAGCAAUUCAUUGAUCCCACCGCUUUAGGAGGCCAUGAAAUGCCGAUGAUCGCUCAUCCCGCACCGCAGGCCGGUCGGGUGUACCCCGGUAUGCACCAGCAGCAGGCUGCUAUGGCACGCGCCGCCCAACAGCAGAAACAACAAGCAGAGAUUAUUCGCCAGCAACAGCAAAUGCGACAACGCCAAGCCGAGCAGUUCGUUCGCCAGACGCCUGCUCAACCGCUUCCUCUCACCCGUGCUGUUCGCCCUACGGAUCCUGUUGUCGAAGAGCGCAUUUCGCGUUUAUUGCAACAGAUGCGACAGAACAGUCUUGGUCAGGACAACCGUCUGGGUACGCCGUCAUCUCUUCUGCCUCAAAUGGCGAAGCAGAAGAAAGAUGAAGAGGACAUGGAUGAAGACGAGCGUUUGCUUGCUAGCGAAGAAGGGAAGAAGCUCACCAGCAAGGAGCGACGCCAAUUGCGGAACAAGGUCUCUGCGCGUGCUUUCCGCUCUCGCAGAAAGGAAUAUAUCACUCAACUCGAAGGCGAAGUUGCUUCCAAAACAAGCGAAAACAACGAAUUGCGUCUGCAGAAUCACGCCCUCGCAGAGGAAAACAGUCGUCUUACUGAUUUGACCCGCAUACUUCUUUCAUCUCCUCACUUUUCGGAUGUACUGAACGACCUCAGUGCCAAUGGAUUGCCAGCUCAAUUACAGACUGCUGCCCAGGUUCCCCAGCCUCAACAUCAACCAAUGGUAUCUCAGGCCCCAAUUCCUACAAGCGUUGCCGGCCAAGUCAAUAUGACCAUGGUACCAGACAACCGCAUGGAUGUUUAUGGCUCSGGCUGGAAUUCAGGCAUCGACAUGAACUAUAAUCCCUCCGUUUUUGCUGUUUUUGAGGUUCCGGAACCGCUUAUUGAAGUGGAGGCUCUUUCCGGAAAAUCCACCUCCUUUGAGACAUCUCUGGAGCCCAGUGGAUCGUCCAAGAUUGAGGUUCCCCAGCUUGAGCGACCUGUCACUCCUUCGACUGUUGUGGACACCUGCGGAGUUGCAGCAACAGAAGAGCUGGAUGAUACCGAUCCAUGUUUCGCUUUGUUCAGAGAUGACAUCCCCGUAUCGAGUGCACCUCCCGCUGCCUUGUUCGAAAGACUUGAAUCCGAAAAGCCUUGUCAGUACACUCUCGUUGUUGACCAGGAAUCCCAAGAUGUCUCCGAGUCGUCUAUACGGGACUUCAAAAGGCUAUGUUCCAGCAUGGACGCUGCAUUCGAACGCGUAUGCAGAAUGACCGACCAUUUGCUGUGA